AUGAGCAUCGUGCCCAAGGAGACGAUCGAAGUCAUCGCUCAGAGCGUCGGCAUCCCCAGCCUCGGCGCUGAUGUCGCCGUCGCGCUCGCCCCCGACGUGGAAUACCGCCUCCGCGAGAUCAUGCAGGAAUCCAUUAAAUGUAUGCGGCAUGCAAAGCGGACUGUUCUGACGGCGGAUGAUGUUGACAGUGCCCUGGGCCUCAGGAAUGUUGAGCCUGUGUAUGGAUUUGCUUCUGGUGAUCCAUUGCGUUUUAAGAGAGCUGUUGGGCAUAAGGAUCUCUUCUAUCUUGAUGAUCGGGAGGUAGACUUCAAAGAGAUUAUUGAAGCUCCUCUGCCUAAAGCCCCACUGGACACAUCAGUUGUAGCCCAUUGGCUAGCGAUCGAGGGGGUGCAGCCUGCAAUACCGGAGAAUCCUGCUAUUGACGCAAUUGUACCACCAACUGAAAAUAAAAGGUCUGAGCAUGGGAAGUAUGAUGGACUUCCAGUUGAUGUCAAGCUUCCUGUUAAGCAUGUAUUAUCUAGAGAACUACAGAUGUACUUUGAUAAAAUAGCUGAGCUUACUAUGAGUAGAUCUGAUACGUCCCUUUUUAAAGAAGCUUUAGUGAGCUUGGCAAAAGAUUCUGGUCUUCAUCCUUUGGUUCCUUACUUUUCCUACUUCAUUGUAGACGAGGUUACCCGGAGUUUGGGUGAUCUUCCUGUUUUAUUUGCUCUAAUGAGAGUAGUCCAAAGUCUUCUCCGUAAUCCACAUAUUCAUAUUGAACCUUAUUUGCACCAGCUAAUGCCAUCAAUGAUCACUUGCAUUGUUGCAAAAAGGCUAGGGCAUAGGCUCUCAGAUGACCACUGGGAACUUAGAGACUUCUCUGCCAAUUUGGUUGCCUCGGUAUGUCGGAGGUUUGGUCAUGUCUAUCACAACCUUCAAAAUCGGCUAACUAAAACAUUGAUCCAUGCAUUUCUUGAUCCUGCCAAAUCACUGACACAACAUUAUGGUGCUGUUCAAGGGAUAUCUGCAUUGGGGCCCAGCGCGAUUAGACUUCUUCUUUUGCCCAACCUUGUGACAUAUAUGCAACUUCUGGAGCCGGAACUGCAGCUUGAGAAGCAGAAAAACGAGAUGAAAAGGAGGGAAGCUUGGCGUGUUUAUGGUGCCUUGCUGUGUGCUGCAGGCAAAUGCUUGUAUGAUCGGUUGAAAUUAUUUCCUGGUUUGCUUUCUCCAUCGAAGCGACCUCUUUUACGGAGCAACAAAAGGGUCUUAACCAACAACCCAAUUGAAUUAGUAGACUUUGAAAGUAAAGAGUAUGUUGCACUGCAAAUUUCAGAUAAGCGAAAAUCUAGCACAGAUCUCUCUGCAACUCAGCCACCUCUGAAGAAGAUGGCAACAGACGCAACAGCCAACUCCAUGGCCUCAGCUUCCAAGGGAGGAAACAUGCAAGGUGCCAUGGAUGGCUUUUCCAACCAGUUAGCCAACCCUGGCAUGAUGCAGGCCUCGUCCUCCGGGCAGAUGGUGGAGAGCAUCCCAUCAGCUGCCAUCCGGAGAGAUCAGGGCAGUGAUCUCGCUCAGAGAGUUUCUGCAGUUCUUAGGCAAGCUUGGAAGGAGGAUCAGGACACCGGUCAUCUCUUGGGGUCUCUGUUUGAGGUCUUCGGUGAAGCCAUCUUCUCCUUUGUCCAACCACCAGAGAUUUCCUUGUUUGUGUAG